UCGAGUUUAGUCAAAAUGGAAGAUUUUAAAAUCAAACGUGGAAUUGUACGUGACAUUUCUUUUCUAUCGACAAUGGAACAUUUGACAAAACUUGAUAUGCUUGGUAAUUAUAUACAAGGGUGGAAGCCCGAAAUUUUCAGUGAUAAACCUUUGACAGAAAUCAUUCUCUCCGCAAACCAAAUCGCCGUGUUUAACCAAAGCUCAUUUCCUCAGCAUAUCUGGGAUAAUUUAAAAUAUUUUUCCGCUUCAAGUAAUCCAUUUGUAUGCACGUGUAACCUGUUAUGGUUUAAGGAUUGGUUAGAUGACAACAGGAACAAGCUUUCUACAAAUUAUCCAGAGUUGUACCAGUGUUUAUACCCUGACGAAUGGAAGACAAAGACUAUUGCCCAAUUUGAACCGGAAAAAUAUGAAUGUCAACCCGCUGUAAGCGCGCUAGUUGUGAUAGGGAUCGGGUUAGGCUGUUUAGCAGGUGUGUUCCUGCUGAUAGCUUUCAUUGUUUACAAAGGACGUUAUCAUAUCAAACACAGAAUGCUACUCGUCCGCUCUCUGCAACCGUACGACCGUCUUCCAGACGGCGAAGAAUUUGUGUAUGACGCAUUCGUCGCUCACCACGUGGAAAAUAGAGUCUGGGUUAUAAACCAUCUUCUGCCCUUCCUCGAGAAACAGAGGAAGCUGCGUCUUUGUAUCCACGAAAGGGAUUUCCUUCCCGGGAAUUUCAUUGCCGACAACAUCGUUAACAAUAUGAAGGUGAGCCGGAAAGUGAUAUUGGUUUUCUCUGAAGACUUUGCGGACAGUGAGUGGUGCCUUUUCGAGGCAACGACCGCCUACAACAGGAUUAUAGCGGAGGGAGCAUCCUCUGUUGUUAUCAUAAUGCUGGAGGACAUUAGACACCGGCCCGUCGAUAAUACUAUUCGGAACCUCCUCCUCGCCAUCACCUAUAUAGAAUGGGGAAAUGAUAGGAAUCGUCAACCAGAAUUCUUUCGGAAACUUCUCGAUGCCCUCCAGUGAUGUACUCGUAUUUCUUACACAACAGUUGUUAUUUCAGCUCAUUUAAACGGACUUGAACAUUUAAGAGUGGGUUAUAAAGUUCAGAAUUUGCAUUUACGAAGUUUACAGAAUAGAAUGUCAGCGUGGAUGCAGACAGUCAUCUUGUUCCAUCCUGCUGCUACUACUGCAAAACUAGAUCUGGCGUAGCCAAAUUCACCAAUCGAUAGCAAUAGAGGGUAAUUUCCUCUGACCCUGACACCAGACUUAGACAAUUUUAUAGAUAGAUGUAGACUACGACACAACAAAUACCACACAUAUAUCGAUAAAGGGAUUAUUUAUUGAUCGAAAUCCGCUCUUAUUAUCACCGGAUAAUCAGCUGCUAAAUUCCGUCAGUAGAGUCUACGGUUUUAAAUCGUUCAGAACACCCCAGCUGGACGAACACCAUUGUUGUAGGUCACGGUACUGACUUAUUAACAAGCCGCACUGAUCGGGACCGAAAACCAAAUGUAUCAGACUUUUUAGAAGAUUUCCGGACCACCUCUUUGUGUUGAUUAUAUUUGGUUUUGUAACUUUAUCUCAUUUGUACGUAAUUUUGUUUAUUUUCAUUUCAUUAUUUUAUGUAUUUUAGUACAGGAAACGUCUAUUUCAUAUUUUGAAAAUAUUAUAACGGGAAUCAAUGUGAUAUCCCCUGACUCCUCUCAAGUAAGUUCUCAUACAAAUGAUGAUCUUUGCAAGGAAGGCGCUAAAGAACAAACCGUGUGAAAUUGGUUGAAAGCGAACUAUCUUCUGAAGCAACCGGGUACGAAUGUGGACAUCAAAUUCUUAAGAGAGUUCAUGUAUGCAAUAUCAAACUACAGCGACCUUCAAAUUGUUGACUUCUCCGCCUUCUUCAGAAACCGUAGAAAUAUUCCUGGUUCUAUGUAGUGACUAUCUUUCCAAAUAAUUAACAGAUGUGUGUUAUCUUUAUUUGAAAUUAAUUAAGCUUCCUUUCAACAGUAAUGUUGGUUUGUGGGUAUAUCUAUAUAAAUGUAUUAAAUAUGAAUUAUGAACAAAAUUAACAAAAAACAUUUCUAUCAAUCUGUAGAUAUUUUUCUUGUAAUAUAUUCAAUAUUUGUGAUGUAUAUCUUUUAAUAUCGUUUUUCGUAUCUAUUUUAGGUAAAGUUACAUUUGUUUAUGUUUUAUGUGUCUGUAAAAUAUUUGUUUCGAUCGUUAUGACUUUACCAUCUGUAUAGUUAUCGUUGGAGUAUACCCCUAUUUAUCAAAUAUGGACAUUUGCUGAGGUGAAUAUGCUGUUAUAUGGCAAGAGUCCAAAAGUGAUAUUGACCAAAACAGUCAAUAUCACUUUCCAUUUCCGUCAAAACUACAUUUUUCCCAAGUCCGUAAUUGAUAAAUUGGGAUGCUAUAAUAGGUGCUUAAUAGUGUUUUGUGCAUAGUAGAACUAUGAAAAUUGUACAGAAAAGGUGUUGCGUUUGACAGAGAGCAUUGUGACAUUUCAAUUAAAGUGACGUCAUAUAGU